AUGGAUCCGAGUACUGAACCCUCCCAAUGCGAUUCUUCGGCCGAUCCAUCUUUACCCACCUACAAACAAGUCAUCACCGAUCAUCCUUCCGCCAAGAAAGCUGUCAAGUCUGCAAAAUUAAAGAAGCCGCGAGCUGCUCCCAAAUCAAAAUCCAAAUCGAAAAAGAAGAAUAAAAAUAUAUCACCCAGCCUGGAUAUCGCCAGUGGUGACGACGAGGACAAUGCUGUCAAAAAGGUCAUCGUAACAACAAAUUUCAAGCUUUUUGUCUUGGAUGUUGAUCGGUCCAAGAAGGCUAAGAAGGUGUGGCUUCUGAUCAGCCCUCCCAACCCAAUCAAAAUUGAAAUCACCAUUAGUCCCAAAGACAAGGUGACAACACAUGAUCAGUUCAUCUCUCUAGUCACCUCGAAAUGUGAGAAUGCAGUGGCCAACACGGGUGCAAUCCUCUCUGACGGCUUAUCGAGUGGUUCACCAGUAAUCAACUGGUUUGUGUCGAUCGCUCGUGUGGAGGGCUUCAAGAAGGGGAAACCGUUCCUCCUGGAGAAUCAGAUGGCGUUCAACACCUGGAUGGAGGCCCUUGCAGACAACGAAGCCGAUGAGUCUACCCUGUCGAUUGAGAUGACCAAUCCAAACCAAGUCGCCAAGCUUCAGCAUGACGCGGAGGUCCUAGCGAAGGAUGCGGUACGCAAGGAGGCUAAGCGGUUGAUCACCGUUGCGAGAGAAGCAAAGAGGGCGCGGGCUGGCGAUUCCGAGGGCGGCAAACGUAAGCGAUUGGACGAGGAUUCCGAUGAGGACACCGAGGGGUCUGAUGACGAAGUGGAGUAUGACAAGGAUGCAGUCAAACUCUUCAUGCGACAGCUCUAUGCAACUCAUUCGGCAAACGCCUUGUACGAUCGCCACCUUCCAGUCUACAUCAACCCGUUGAAUCACUCACAAUACUUUCUGUUGUCCAAUGGGACUUGCCAGAAAUGGGCAAGAGCUCUGGUAAAGGUCCGAGAGGGAGUGUCAAUCCAAUCUCCCCCAAAGGAGUUCAAGUACGAGACCCUCCCUCCUGCCAAUUCCAUUCCUACCAGCACAAAACAACUGGCCAGAACCUCCACUCCUGCGGGAUGUGCCCAUCAUGCUUGCUCGGGUCAUGCCUCUCAUGCCUCUCCACCGUCUAGCUCCGAUGGGCCUCAGCCAGGCAAGGACGUUGGGAUUCGCGACUAUAUCAAUUUCAUUGGUUUGAGGCAGGCUGACGAGGUGGUAGACCUCCUCAUUCGGAAUGACCUGCAAAACUUCAAGAUCUUCCGCUCUCGCAACCUUGACCGAUCGGCCCUUCGAAGUCUUGGCUUAACGCUAGGGGUGGUCACUCAACUGUGUGACUACGUAUCCAAGUUUGAAAGACACUUGGCCAAGCAAGAUCUCUUGGCCUCAAACUAGCAAUUACGAUCCUGCUUAUUCAAUCGCUCGUCUCUAGGGCCGUAAUCAGGCGGCUGCUUAUUUGAUUGCAUGUCUUAUGUCCGGUAUCUUUCCUAUCUAUCUAUGCGGUUAUAAUUACUCCACUGCUUAUUUGAUCGCUUGUCUGGACUGUCCUAUCUAUCUAUCCGGUGUAUACUCACUUUAUUUGAUUGCUUGUCUGAUGUCCGGUAUCUAUCCUAUCUAUCUAUGCGGUUAUAA